AUGUCAUUACCAGGUACGCCAACAACUUCUCCAACUCCGAUGGAUGAGGAUAGCGAACAAACCACUUCGGUUAACACUGAACCAAAGAGAGUAAAAGUCUACAUUCUAGAAAAUAACGAAUGGAAAGACACAGGGACAGGGUUUUGUAUAGGGGAGGUGGAUGAAAGCAAAUUUGCGUACCUUGUUGUCUCUGAUGAGGACUCCCCGACUGAAACUCUAUUAAAAUCUAAACUUGAAGGAAAUAUUGAAUACCAACGGCAGGAAGAAACGCUUAUCGUUUGGAAAGAUUUGGGAGGGAAAGAUAUAGCUCUGAGUUUCGAAGAGAGUAUGGGAUGUGAUACCCUAUGCGAAUUCAUUGUCCACGUCCAAAGGAACAUAGAAUCGAAUAUUUCCUUAGUUACCGUUAAAUCUAGCGACAAUGGACUUGGAUCUGUUCACGACAUUAUAACAGGUCCGGUGACUUUACCCUCUAACGACUCUGAACAAAAUGGCCAAACUUUACUAGAAGCUCUAAAGAUCUUAAAUGAGAAUACGUCUUUCGAUUUCUUGAAAAAUGAAACCAUUGAGUUUAUUCUCCAGUCCAAUUACAUCGAUACUUUGAUAUCACAUUUCCACAAAGCGGAAGAAAAAAAAAUACCGAAAGAUUUAUUCUUGUUAAGUAAUAUAAUCAAGACUUUAAUUCUUUACAACCAAAGGGAUAUAUUGGAAUCAAUGGUGGAGGACGAUAGAAUCAUGGGAAUAGUUGGGAUCUUAGAAUACGACACGGAAUACCCAACAUCAAAGGCUAAUCAUAGAAAAUAUUUGGGUUCAAAAGGCCCCAACUUCAAAGAAGUUAUUCCAUUGGAAAAUGAAGACCUUAAAGUAAUAAUGAAGAAGUGUUUCCGUCUACAGUUCUUAAAAGAUGUGGUGCUCGUGCGAUUUUUAGACGAUCAUAAUUUUAACUUAAUCUCAGAAAUUGUGAUGGAUUUAGAAACAUGUAUCAUUGACUUUCUUCAGGUAGGAACGUUUUUGGACAGACUAAUAGAGCUUUAUAAUACCAAUACCCUUCCAGAUAGUCCCUCAAUAAGAGAGAAGUUUGUAGAGAAACGGAAAGACGGCAUCAGACUUCUGCAACAAUGCGUACAAAUGUCGAUCAAUUUAGAUGCAGUUGAUCGUUCCAAAUUUUAUAAGACACUUGUUCGAAAAGGUCUAUUCAAAGUUCUAGAUUAUGCAUUUCAUAUGGAAACGGAUAGUAAUGCUCGGAUUCUUGCUACGGAUACGAUUAUUACCAUAAUUGAACACGACAUUUUGUUGAUUCACAACGUUCAAAAUGAAGAUUCUUUCAAACAACAACACAAAUUAGCAUCUAAUGUGAAGUCUUCCCUUCGGAGCAAUCCCCACGAUUACAGCACAAGCACUGAUUCUAAGCUACUGUCAAUACUUUCAACGAUCCUCCUUUCCGAUAGGAGCCCGGGAUUGAGAGAACAAGUUGUGCAAGCGCUAAACACAUUGCUUCAUCCAGAAGGAUGCCUUGGUAACGGUGAAGGUUCGUAUGAUCUCAUGGGCAGGUCUGGUUAUGAAUCAAAAAACACAUCGGAAGAUUUCCCAAAUUUCGGUUAUGGUUUAAACUCAGAUUCAACUAACUUAAACAACUAUCACUAUAACGGUGAUGAUAUGAAUAAUUUAGAGGCAGAAUCCGAAUCGGAAUUUCAAGUAAUGGAAUACUUUGCAAAUUUUUAUAACAAGAUUGCUCCAAUACUGUUUGGACCAUUGAUUAAAAAGGCUACCACUCCAGAAAUGAGUGGAAAAAUAGAAAAGGCUAAAAAAGACGAUCUUUUGCUAAUUCAUUUAAUAAAAUUAGUAUCAUUUGUGUGCACUGAACACGAUCGUGUUUUAUCCCGGAGAUUCAUACUAGAAAAUGGCAUAUUAGAUUCGGUCAGCGAACUUGUUGGCGGUAAUCAUAUGUUGCAGCUGAGGUUGACAGCGGUAAGGUGCAUUAAAAACAUUAUGUGUCUCGAUGACAAAUACUAUCAUCGAUAUAUGAUUUCCAAAAAUUUAUAUGCCUCAGUUUUUAAACUGUUCCAGGAGAACAUAGAUAAAAACAACCUUGCAAAUUCAUGCAUUCAAGAUUUUUUCCGUAUUAUCAUAACGGAAUGCAGAGCAUAUCAAGGUAAUCAUCAUAACAGAAGAGAGGAGAAUAAUGGCACUUAUAGUAGCAACGUCAGUAACGUUAGAGUGAGCGCGAAUAACAAUAGAACGAACUUCACCAUUUUAAACAAAUACUUGGUUCAAACUUAUGGUAGCAUUUUGAAAAAGGCAGCUGAUAUUCCUUUCAUUCAAGACAUGCUAGAAAUUGAGGAAGAAAAUCAACCCGAUCAUUCUAGUUUCGAAAAUAGUCUUGAAGGUGAUAAUGAAGUUUCAGUAAAUAUAUCAUCAGAGGGAUUCACUUCAAACCACUUAGAAGAGAUUGACAUUAAAAAUGUCAAAAGAUUACAUUCUGAGAUCGAACACUUUGAAAACGAUCCUCAUUAUUCUAGUGAUCAGUUAGCAUUUAAAAAAACCGUCGACCAAAUGAAUGCAAGCACAUGA